CGAUGGAAAACAGUGACACGUUCAGGGCUCCCUGCUGCAGAGAAACAGAAAGUGAAAGAGGGAAUGAUUUCUGAGAACUGAUCCUGGACCGGAGGAAGCUGUACGAGUCUGUGAAUUAUUUCUGAUCAAACAUGGACUGCCUGUCUUCAGAUGAGGAAAUCUCUUUUGUCAUGGAGCAACCGACGCCAUCUGAGGAAACUUUAGAGGGAAUCCAGACCUUAAUCACCAACUACAAGAUAACGUGUGAUCAGCUGGUUCAGGAGCAGAAUGAUCUGGCCAUCAUCAUUUCGAACAGUAAGAAGAUGACUCAGGAUUGCAGGAAGCGCUCCAUCAAACUGGCCAAGAGUCUGCAAGAGGACAAGCAAUCCCACCAGGAGCAGAUGGACAGUGAAAUGGUAAGGCAAAAUAUGCUGAGUCAGGAGGAGUUCAAGCUCAUGAAGGAGAUUCAGGAUGUCGAGGCUGCCCUGACGGAGGAGGAGGCCGAUUAUGAACACCUCAGAGAGCAGACUGAUGUGUUCACCAGUGUGCCAGAUAAGAUGGUCGUAUUUAAAGGGAAGACGGCAGAUCCAGGCAACGUGCAAAUGUUUGACAUGACAUCGCGUAUCGUUUAUCCGAUGCAGGAGGGAACGGCACUGAUCACGUUUGAGGAGGAAGAGGUGGCCAAGAGGAUCCUGAGCAUGAAGAAGCAUCAGGUGAAGCUGGAUGACGAGUGUCGCAUCACCAUGGAGGCUCAGCCCGUUCAGCUGAUGCUGCCCAGGCUGGUGGAGAUCCACUCUGAAGUUUGUCCUCAACGUAUAUUAAUCUCCAACCUGCCAAAAAUGGACAUAGAGACUCUGUUGAGCAGGCUGCAGAUCCACUUCCACAAGGCUAGGAACGGAGGCGGAGAGGUGGAGCACUGUGAAUUCCUGCCCGACUCUGGGACUGUGGUCCUCACGUUCCUGGAGAAUCACAUUGCCAAAGGUUUGACAGAUCUAGAGUUCCACGACAUAGAGCUCCAAAAGAAGAAGCACACUGUGAGAGUGACUCCUUUUCUGAACGGAAACAUUGUAAACCUAGAGACCAAGAUGAUGGUGUGCCCGCGGACGGUGCUUCUGACAGGUAUCCCCCAAGUGGAGCACGACAGCCUGCAAGAUCUCGUGGAAAUCCACUUCCAGAGAAGCGGCAAUGGUGGAGGAGAACUCGAAGCCUUUCUCUACAACCCGCUGGGUCAGCACACCACGGCGCUGUUCGAGAGCAUCGCCCCCAAAAAGGGCAGCAGUAAACUGUAGAUUCAUUCCUGCAGCUCCAGAAAACCUUAUGAAGACACCACUGUCCAGAUGUAAAGAUAGGACACACCUUAUUUAGUCUAAAGCUGCUUCACACAAUCACUGAUUUCUGGACAUUCUCCUGAAUUACCCCCGAAUAAAUGUCUGGAAAAUGCUCACAGUGGGCACAUGUGAAUACAGCAGGACAAUUUCAGGAAAAUUCAAAUUCUUUUGACAAUAGAAGACAACACUGGCAUCGAUGUGCUGUGAACAGAGCGGAAUUGAUCGGCCUCCUGCAUGCUCUACUCAGAUGACACCCCUCAUCUGAAAGCCCUGGGCAUUUUACUGUUUUUGUGAAAGCGUCUGACCCAGAAAAACUCCUGCUGUGUUCUUCAUGUGAAAGACAAACUCCAGACACAAUUUUCCAGACAUUUUCCUAGAGUUCAUGUCUGAAAAAAGCUUUAUAUUCUGUUCAUAUUUCUUGUGGUGGAAGUUAGGAUAUUAAGGAACCAAGUUAUGACAUUUCUUAGGGUUUAAACUGACAAAUGUUUUCCAUUAACAAUUACUGCUGCCAAGGAGUUAAUGUUUUCUCACCAUCCAUUUGUUUGUCAGCAGGAUUAUGCAACUACUGAACAGAUUUCAAUAAAAACUCAUUACAUUUUGACGUGAAUCGGCACAAAGGUGCGAAUCCAGGAACUUUUUAAUCACUUUCUUAAACAUUGUGUGAUUUGACAUUUUAACAGAUGGGGUUAGUGAAUAAUUAGUGGAUCUUAAUGAAAACAAAUCAGAGGUAUUUUUAAAUGUAUGUAAUUUGGUAGAGAUGGAUUGAAUUUAGGGUGAAUGAUGGGCCUUGGCUGAGGAAUGAGUUCUUCUUAAUGUCAUUCUCGUUCUUGCAUUAAUCAGCGAUCACUCACAUGUGACCCUCUCUGAGGUUUCUACAUUUUCCCGUCAUAAGGGUUUUUCUGGUAGUUUUUCCUCACUCUUGUUGAGGGCUAGGGACAGAGGAUGUCGCACCUUGUUAAGCCCUAAGAGACAAAUUUGUGUAUAUAUGAGCAAUACAAAUAAAAUUUGAUUGAUUGA